AUGUGGAGUCAGGGCCAUCUGAUACGGGUCCUGGCCCUCGUCCUUGCCUUGUGCCAGGUCUGUAGCGGCGUCAAGCCUAAGGGCAUUUCUUCGGCCAUCAUUGAUGUAGGUUUCAGGGGAGAAGAGAGAGGGAAGGGGGAAGGGGUAGAGGGCGGGGUGAUUCAAAAAAUCACACUUUUAAAUUUUUUACAAUUUUUUUUUAAAUUUAAAAAAAUUUAAAAUUUUAGCCUAAAAAAACCAAUAACUACAUCUAAAAUCCUCACCCUUCCAGGUAAAUGCAGCAAAAGGCCACCCCAACCCAAUCCCAUCCUCAGCGACCCCCCUGAAGCUGUGGUGUCAAGCUGUGGAUGACCAAGGUCGAGUCCUACCUCUAGUUUCUGCUCAAUUCCGAUCCAAAACCACUACCCACAAGGCUGUACUAAGUGGAGACUUGUCGAAUGCCAGUAUUACCAUUGAGAAUGCUCAAGCUGUUGAAGCAGGCAAAUGGAAUUGUGAUUUGCAUACUAGUUAUGGCAAUACCAGUGGUAUUAUUGAGGUUUAUGGUAGGGCUUUUGAUAUUUUUAAAAAUUUUUAUUACGCAAACAACAUAUAAACCGUAUUUUACCUUUACUUUAGUACAAGCAUUGGGACCAUUUUAAACGAAUUUGGCCUUGUUUUUAUCAAAAAAAAGUUGCUGCAGGCUGCGGUCUUUAAUUUCCGAACUGCGCCCCCAUUAUAAGCGUAAAAAAUGCAAUCUGUGCCAAAUCCUUAUAGUAUAAACAAUUACCACGCCAUCAUUUUACUUUAAGAUAUACUAAUUAAUACAUAAAAAGCCCAACCGCGCCAUUGUUUUUGCAUCAAUUUUGAAAAAUAAAAAGUUUGAAAAUUUUGCAACUUUUUAAAUAUUUUUUAGUCCGAGGAGUAAUCAAACACAAUGCAAACGUGCGAGUCGAUGACAAAGGAUCCCCCUUCGAGUUGGAAAUUAGCGGUCAUACGGUAACUAUCGGCGACAAUAUUACACUCAACUGCCCUAUAUAUGGCUACCCUGCACCGUCGAUCACGUGGCUAAAAGAUAGCAAGGCAGUUUCGGUAAUUUAUUCUAUCUUACCCUACCCUACUUUACCCUACCCUACCCUACCCUACCCCCCCCCUACCCUACCCUACUCUACCCUACUUUACCCUACCCUACUCUGUUUUAUCAUAUAUAACCUUACCAUUCCAGCCCUCCUCCUCAGACCCAACCCAAUUUGUGCUCCGAACCACCACUAACUCAGAUGAAGGUGUCUACACCUGUAUCGGCACAAACACAGUAAUCGAGAACGGCCGACCAACAGAGUACAAGGUCAAGGUGGAGCAACACCUUCGGAUCAAAAGCAAACUGGCAUGGCUGGUGCCGUUCCUGAUCAUCCUGGCCAUUCUGACCACACUGGCCAUCGUCAUCGUCUUCUGUGAGUGUCGACGGAAGAAACAGAACAGGGAACUGAAGCCUCAAGAUGACGAUUAA